AUGCCUUCCGAAAAGACUCCUUUCUAUGAUCCUAUACCUCCAACUUACGACCAGGCCGUAGCUAGCGGAAGUCAUUACGAUCCCGAUGACUGGGCUCCUGCCCCAAGGUCUCCGACCAACGAGCGGAAUGCAACCGAAGCAGAAUCCCAAGGCCUCCUACAGCAUUCAAGUGGCGCUAGCUCAUCACGAAGGCCCGACGGCUAUCGACCACCUACGGUAGAAACUGACGAUGAGGAAAGUCUCUGGGCCAGCGAUAGCGAAAGCGAUGGCGAAGCCGCGCAGGUUCGACGUGAGAUGCAGGAGAUGGAGAUUGAAGAACCCGAUCGAUCCCGGGGCUCUCAGUGGGGGAAGCGAUUUGGCUCGUAUCUAACUCUACCACGUUGGAAAUGGUCCUGGCGGCCAAGGUUGCCCCGAUUACGCAUACGUCUACCACAAAGAGCUGAUGCGCCAGCUGCCGACAACGCCGAGACUACCACAGGUGAGAAUGAAGAGACGUCAAGCCAGACGACGAGGGGUUGGAAUAUUCCCAAAUUUGAUAAGACAUCCAUCAUCUUAUUUUGUGUGCGCAUUUUGGCGCUUACAAUUAUUCUCGGAUUCUUCUAUCUGCUUUUCGCCAGCGAUAUGUUCGGUGGCUUAUCAGAUCGUUUGGGAGGUGGUUUCCGUUUCAACCCUGAGGAUCUCCGAGCUCACCUGCUACGCUCCGUCGAUCCUAUGAGGAUGCGCGCGUCUGUGCAGCACUUUUCUAACUACGCCCAUAUCGCCGGUACCGAAGGCGACUACGCGACUGCUCUGGAUGUCCAGGCCAUGUUUGGCCGUGCAAUGUUGGACGAGGUUAUGAUGGACGAGUACAAAGUUUACAUAAAUUAUCCCCGCAAAGACGGUCGUACGGUACAGAUUAUGGACGACAAGGAUCUUAAGAAGGCCAAAUGGACAGCCAAGCUGGAGGAAGAGGAAGUCGGUGGCGAGAUCGUAGGCCGACAGCCAUAUGUCUUCCACGGAUACUCUAAGUCCGGUGACGUCAAGGGACCCUUGAUUUACGCCAACUACGGUUCACGAGACGACUUUAAGCAUCUUACGAGCAGUGGUGUCAAUGUCACGGGGGCUAUUGCGCUAGUACGAAGCGGUGGUUCUCGAGAGAAUCAAGGUCUCAAGGUCAAGGCAGCCGAGUUAGCGGGUUUUGCUGGCUGUCUCAUCUACUCUGAUCCUGCGGACGAUGGUUUCAAGAAGGGCGUUGUUGCUCCUGAGGGAUUGUACAUGCCCGCAGACGGUGUUCAAAGAGGCUCCGUAGGACUCACGAACUGGGCAAUCGGCGACCCCCUAUCGCCUGGUUAUGGCAGUAAGGGUGAUCAGCGGAUCACACUCGACAAGACAACCGGACUCGUAGGCAUCCCCAGUCUUCCCUUGGCAUGGAGAGACGCAAAGGUCCUGUUACAGCAUCUCAAGGGGUAUGGCGAAAAGGUACCUGACAAGUGGGAAGGAGGUGUUCCUGAUGUUGAGUGGUGGACGGGCAAUGACAAGUCUCCAAUUGUGCGUUUGAAGAACGAACAAGAUGAGGACUCAAUGCACACCAUCUGGAACGUCUAUGGCCGAAUCAACGGCAUGGAACAGACGUCCAAGUCUAUCAUUAUUGGCAACCAGCGUGAUUCUUGGGGUUUCGGAGCGACAGAUCCUCACUCGGGUACAGCAGUCAUGAUCGAGAUGGCUCGCAUCUUUGGAGAUUUGGUACAGCGAGGCUGGAGGCCCUUGAGGACAAUCGAAUUCAUGUCAUGGGAUGCUUCUACGUAUAACCUAAUUGGCUCAACGGAGUACGUCGAGCACAAUUCUGACGCACUGCGCGACAACGCCUUCGCCUAUAUCAACCUUGAUGCAGCUGUGGUUGGAAAUGACUUACACGCCUCUGGAUCGCCAGUUUUCCGAAAAUCCCUCCUUCACGCCCUUGGCCGAGUUGUUGAUCCUGUCACAAACAGCACUUUAAAAGAGCUGUGGAAUCAGAGCAAGCACGAGCUUCAGCAGCCUGAGGGAAGGGGAGAUCAUAUUCCAUUUCAAGAUAUCUCAGGGACCAGUUCGAUCGACUUGGCAUUCCGGGGAAGUCAAGUUCCCCAUCAUUCAAGCUACGACAAGAUUGGCUUGGUGGACAACUUUAUCGACCCUGAGUACAAGUACCACGGCGCGAUGGGCCAAGUGAUAGCCCUUCUCGUUCUCGACAUGGCCGAUCGGCCCAUCAUGCCUUUUGAUAUGGGUUGGUAUGGGCAGAGGCUGGGCAACUGGGUAGCAGAUCUUGAGAAGUGGGCGAUCAAAAAGAUGAAGGGCCAACCAAAGGGUGAAACGGACGCUUUCAAGGAGCUCAAGGAAGCUGUACAACUCAUUCAACAUAACGUGGCGGCAUUCGAAGCUUGGGAAACGGACUGGGACCGCGAAGUCUUGGGCAACGGCGGCUGGGAAGCUAAUAACAUCGGCGCAUCUCGACUGGCAUACAACAACAAGAUGGCAUAUUUUGAGACAGCGUUGUUGGAUAUUGAAAUUGGUGGUGGUAUCCCCAACCGCACCCAAUUCAAGAGCGUCGUCUUUGGGCCAGAAGCUUGGUCCAACGGAGGAGCCGUCUUUCCCGCCAUUCGCGACAGUAUAGAAGAAGGAGACUGGAAGACCACCAAACCCAUCAUUGCCAAAACGGCAGCACUUCUUCGCAAAGCAGCGGCGGUCUUGGAGAUGCAAUAA